AUGACAUAUCCUCGAUGUCACAUAAAUACAUCAUCUGCGAAGGCUCUCUCAGCCGAUACACCAGCGUUCUCAUCUUCAAAAGUUACCAUCUUAUCGCGGCGAGCUCUCGCUCGGUCACCUAGCGCAUUGAUACCCACAGCCACUAGUUCACUCACCCCCACGCCCGUACCACUCAAGUUAAACUCACUUAGACUACGCGGUACAAAGUACUCAACACAUCUCUCCGCGUGUCCGGCCGACCGCCGCGCUGGAGUGUUCCUUUGGAAACUCUCCUCGCCG